AUGGACACCGAGGCCAUCUGCUCCGCUUGUAGCUGGUCCCCCAUACGGCAAUCACACUGUAGCUACCACAGUCAUGUGAAACUCUUCUACAGCGCCGGCAAUCGAGGAGCAUGGUCCUUGGGUUCAAAGCUCAUCCUCAAAGAACGAGAGAAUGCCCUCCCGAACAAUGAAACGUCAAACAUCCAAUUCUUAACCGAAAGGACAUCGAUCCCUAUUCCCCAAGUCGUCGAGGAAUGGACAGAAGACGACGGAACACACUUCCUGCUCACCAAGCGGAUCCCAGGCCAAUGUCUAGAGGAGGCAUGGCCCACCCUAUCCGCAGAAGAUAAAGAACGCGUCGCAAAACAGACAGCCGAGUAUCUGAUGCAGCUUCGUGAUCUUCGCUCCGACCGUAUGGAAUGCCUAGGUGGCACACCACUCUACAGUGCGUUCUUGUUCGCAGACGAUUAUAAGACCGGGCACGGGCCGCUGACUUCGGACGACGAGCUGUGGGCUGAGAUGUCGCGGUCCUUGUCCCACGUGCCGGAGGAGGCUCGCUCGGCACUGCGUCGGCGAAUGCCCAGCGCUGCGCCGUAUACUUUCACCCACGGCGACCUGACCAUUGUGAAUCUCAUGGUGGACAAGGGUCAUUUGGCAGGGAUUCUGGACUGGGAAGGCUCGGGCUACUUCCCCGUGUGGUGGGAGUUUACGCACGCCGGGAUUAGUCUCUCGGCGGAGGAUGCGGAGUGGAAGGCCUUGUUACGCAAGUAUUUGCCGGAUCAUACUGAAGGGCGCGAGUUUUGGAAAGAUUUCUGGUUUUUGCGUCAGUACCCGGACUUGGAAGAGAGAGGUCUACAGUUUUUGAAUAGUUGUGGUCUGAGCUUGCCUGAGAAGAUGUAA